UCUCUCUCUCUCUCUCUCUAUAUAUAUAUAUAUAAGCAUACAUAUAACCCUUUAACUUCUUUUCUUUGAAACCCUAAAAUUAAAAGAGAUUGAUUAAUUAAGUGAAGAUGGAAAUCCAUACCGAGCUAUUGCAGAGCUCUGAAGGUGCACAACCAUGGAAGAUCAACGCCGGAGAUUUCCGGUUGCCGGAGAGACCAAAGGAACCUCUUCUUGCCUCUCUUGUGCUCAAGAGCAAGGAAAGGAAAAUUGCAAGGUAUUACAAGAAACAAGAGAAGUUGCUGAAGGAUUUCAAUGAAAUGGAAAGCAUUUCCAGUGCUGGAUUUACUGCAGAUGCACCAACUGAGGAUGAACUUAGAAAGCUUGCGAGGAGUGAAAGAAUGGCUAUAAACAUCUCAAACUUUGCUAAUUUAAUCCUGUUUGUGGCCAAAGUUUAUGCAUCAGUUGCAAGUAGAUCAAUGGCAGUCAUUGCUUCAACCUUAGAUUCUUUCUUAGAUCUUCUUUCCGGUCUCAUCCUACUGGUCACAUCUCGAGCAAUGUCGAAGCCGAAUCAGUACAGUUAUCCGAUCGGCAAAAAAAGAAUGCAGCCAGUGGGAAUAAUAGUGUUUGCAUCAGUAAUGGCGACACUCGGCUUUCAAGUAAUAUUCGAGUCCGGUCGCCAAAUCCUCGAGCAAUCGCAACCGAACACUGAUUCAGUGAAAGAAAAAUGGAUGAUUGGAAUCAUGGUCUCAGUCACAGCAGUAAAAUUCAUACUAAUGCUUUACUGCAGAAUGUACAAGAACAAAAUUAUCAAAGCUUAUGCACAAGAUCAUUUCUUCGAUGUCGUUACUAAUUCCAUCGGUCUCAUUACUGCAAUUCUCGGCAUCAGAGUUCGCUGGUGGAUCGAUCCUCUCGGAGCUAUACUAAUUGCAAUAUAUACAAUUAGUACAUGGGCAAAGACAGUGAUGGAGAAUGUGUGGUCACUGAUAGGACAAACAGCACCACCAGAAUACUUAACAAAGCUAACAUAUUUGAUAUGGAAUCAUCAUGAAGAUAUAAAACAUAUAGAUACAGUGAGAGCAUAUACAUUUGGGUCACAUUACUUUGUGGAAGUGGACAUAGUGCUGCCAGGGGAGAUGCAACUGAGCCAAGCUCAUGACAUUGGAGAGGAUCUUCAGGUUAAGUUGGAGCAGUUGCCUGAAGUUGAGAGAGCUUUUGUUCAUGUGGACUUUGAGUUCACUCAUAGACCUGAGCAUAAGGCUAUGGUUUGAGUCAAGAUUAAGUAAUGAAUUAAAUGUAACCUUUUUCUGUUGUUAAUAUAUUAUCUUUGUCUUAUUUGUUUUCAAACUAAAGAUAUUAACUUGUAAUCUAUUAUGGCCAAUUUAUA